UCGGUUACUCAAAGUUUAUUGUGUUUUUAUUCUAUUGUGGUAUUUAUUCCUCGCAAAUUUUAUGUUAUAAAACCAGGAAAAUGUUAAACAAAAUCACAACAAGGACUGAAUAAAAGUUAAGAAAACUUGGCAUUGCCAAAAGCAAUGCUCUUUGGGAGUUGGUUGUAGUUGUAAUCAAAAAGUAAAAAAGAUAUACGGGGCGAGCUACUCGAAUAACAGGCGUGACAAUAUAAUUGGAUAAGGCAAAAUAUAAAACAACAAAGAACAAAAACAUACAAAUACAAGCUACCUUUGGAACGGUUCUUUAGAGCAAUUGAAACAGUUAAAACACCCUAGUUUGUGUGGACCCCUUUUGCGAAGACUGAAACCUUGGGCAAAGUUGCCGCAAACGAGAGAUACAUGACAACAAAAGCCCCCAACAACAUGGAACCCAACGAUGAAGUUGUAGAACGCCAAAAAUUGGUAGAUGUAGAAACUGAAGAAGAUGUUACAAAUAGCGCCCCCAAAUCAGCAACUCCUGCCUCACCAAUGGCCAUGCCCAAAAUUAAUAUUAAGAGUAUAUCAAGUGGUGAUAGCCGCAAUUCAGCAUCAUGUUCUAUAGAGCGUUCCGAAAAAAUCGGUCAUACAUCUGCCAAAGUAACAUACAUCAAUGAAAGACGUCCCCGGCCACAUUUGCAUGGCACUCACGAUGAAAGAUUCGAGUUUAAAUCGCGUCCAAGAAAACUGUUAAAAGAUAGCUUUGAUAAUAGCAUAAAUGACAUUACACACUUAAGUAGUGGCAGUGAUACCCCAAGUGAUGAGAGCACCACGAACAUUGAUGAAGUACUGACGUUGCAAAGUAAACAGCAUACUGCCAUCAUCAACAACAACAACAACAAUGACUAUAACAACAUAUGCACAACAAAUUUAAGUCAACCAUUUGCGGCCUCGAAAAUUGUCUCCUCUGCUGCUGCCUCAGUGGCUAUUGCCACCGGUGCGAAACAUCAUAAUGGCAUCUUUAGCGGCGAAACUGAUGAAGGAGGAGGAGGAGGUGGUGGUGUUGGUAUUGGUGGAGGCAGUGGUCAGCAUCAUAAAAUUAAUAAUAAUAACAACAGCAGCAGUACGAAUAGCAGUGGUGGCGGUGCGCACUAUCAUUCACAUGUUGGUGUCAUUGCUAAUACUCGACGCAAGCCGAGCCUCAGCACUGGCACCGGCACCGGUGUCAGCGUUAGCGCUGGCUAUCCCGGCCUAAUGUCAUCUAUGAACACCAGCAACAAUCUCAGUGAUAAAUUUGAUCAACGUCCCAUUAAACACCAUUCUUUUGUCUCAGAAGUGCCGGAUGUUAAACAUAUGGAGCGUGCCCUGUUAGGAUUAUUGGAUGACUUUCAUUCGGGGAAGCUGAAAGCAUUUGGUUCCGGUUGUACCAUGGACCAAAUGACCAAAAUUCGUGAACAACAGGAAAGCUUGGCCAAAUUGCACUUCGAAUUGGCCGCUUCGGAGGAAGACUCGCUGGAUAAUGGCAACGACUUUAACGCUGCCAAAGCUCAAGAGAAUAUGUUACAACUAAUGCAAAGGCUGGAACAGCUUUCGAUAUCCAUUGAACAACUGCAGACGAGUCAUACUGGACUUUGAGAUUUGCUUCAGGCGGCGUGUAACAACGUAGAUGGCAUGCAUACAGUGAUGACGACAACAACGAUGAGGACUGCAGCAGCAGCAGGUGCAGCUAACAACUCCAAUGAAGGUGCAACACACCCAGAGCAGCCAUCACAAGCGGAGGUUGAUACACGUUUGCUUUUACUAUUGUUGUGAUUUAAUUUUCUAAAAAUCAAACCUAACGGAACAGAACAGAACAACUGUGCAAAUUUAUGGUUCUAUUAUUUGAUUAACAAAAAUUAAGAGAAAACCAAACUUUCUAAAAUAGUGUCUAUUCUCCAAUUAACCAGCACCUCAAAAACAGCAACCCCAUCCUGUUCCCUCUCAAUGUUUUUUUUUUUGUUAUCUUAUGUUUUUUUUAUACUCGUUUGUGUGUAAGUUUAUUGAUUUCCUUUCGUUUUUUCAUUUUUAAUUACCUUGUUUUUUUGUAUGUCCAUCAUUGUCAACAAAUACUUUAUAUGAUAAUUAUUAAGAAAAUAAUAUAUAUAUAUAUAUA